CCCCUUGACCUCUACCACCUACUAUACGCUCAUCUCAACCGAUCACCUCAGUCAUACGCAUAAAACAUGAACGAACCUCUUCUCAGAGAGCUUGAGCGUGGCUUUGCUGAAUUGCUGUUGAAUAGUAGCAGAGUAGCCAAUGCCCCACAAACCGCCGCCAACGACCCGGAUACAAGAACCUUCCCCUCCAAUUGCAACCAGGAGUCGACAACGACACUUGAUGCGACAGCACAAAUCAAUCCGACUGCAUGUGUGCGCGAAAGACUGCCGCAGAUAGCCAACUAUAUAGACCAGCUCGACCAUCGCGGCAAGAAACUCGCGCGCGACGAUCGCAAUACUCGUAGGAAGCAGGAGAGGGAGAACAGGACGCUUUGUGUGUCUUGUAAGCAAAGGAAGCCACCCGGCACUGCGAUGUUUACCUGUUCGCUAUGCAAAUCUGUGAACUAUUGCUCGAAGCAGUGCCAGCGCGACGACUGGACAAGCGUUCACAGACAAGAGUGUACCACUUUUGCCCAUCCACCCCUCGCGAAGUCGUUCGAUACAUCGCACCGCCUUGAUGUACCAUGGCCAAUUGAUCCGGUCUUCGCUUCCACCCAUGAGGACGGUGUCGGCAUAUGGGUGUCAGUAUCGACAUCGGAAGACAUGAGCGCCCUCCUACAAACCGCAUGUACACCUCCCGAAGGACUCAAGACAGGCCCACAACCAUACGGACCGCCAUCCUUUCUGCGCUGGGCCGGUCUGCGUCCGGAUAGUCCACAAAAGCGCGAAUGGGGAAUCGAGGUCAAGAAAUACAUCGGCCCCACCCUGGCCAACCUGCGCUUCGUUAUACAGAACAGGCGAAGGGAUGGCCGCGCGUUGGUUGUGACGGGGGCGGAAACUGCCCUCGUGGCAUUCGACCACCUGAAGGGGUGUAUCUUGCUCGAGGAUCUCUCGGAAGUCAUGUUCGAGACGAUAGGGGAAGGGAAACAGCUCAUGCACGUCCUCCCAUGGCGAGACUACAACAAGCGCUUCCGGGUCUCCAUCCUCGAGAUCAACGGCACGCUCGCCUCGCACGGCCACUUCUCGCCCACGACCGACGAGUACGUGUGCGCCGACCGACCGACCGGGCCGCCCUGGGAGCGCGUCGUCAACUGGGACAUGGCCGACAUCGCCCUCGCGCCCGGCGACUUCGUCGUCUUCUGCGCGCAGUACCGCGUCGGGGACGGGCACAGCUGCGACACAUAUCCGGAGGCCAUGACCCGCUGCGGCGGCGUCAUCGCGCAGUGCUACCUCACCGACGCGAAGGGCACCGACUGCGACUGGUGCGGCUCGGCCGGCCGCCAGAUGCUCCUUUCGCGCGCCUUGGCGCACGGCCGGGCGGGACUGCCGCCCAACGUGAUCGUGCUGCGUGCGGACAUCGACCACGACUACCUCGACGAGUAUUACAAGCCGUACUUCGAGGAGGGCCUGAAUGCGUUUUCUGCGCAGCGGUACGGGAAGGCUGCGAAGGCGCAGAGUGAUCGUUUGAAGAAGUCAGGUCCAGAGGAGUUCGAGCGGAUGCUGGAUACCUUGCCUCCGGAUGCGCGCCGGAUGUUCGUAGGCAUGUAUAGUAGUAUGACGGUCGAAUGUAUGCACGCCGGUUCGGCUCCUGGGAUCUGCGUCAACACUUGGUCCCCAUCCAAUCCUGAAGACAAGUUAUGGCAGUGCGAAACUGCAAAGCAUGCAGAGACCCUUGCCUGUAGGUCACUUUUUCACAAGAUGUCGUACCAGAUAUCUAACUUGAUCGGCUUUGUUGAUGGUGGCAGAGAGGAAGUCACGCGCGACAUCGUAUCGUCACCGGACGACGAGCCGACGGACAUCGCUCUCCUCCCUAUCCUUGCUCGAGAGCCUGUUGUCAACGGCACGUAA